GUAGAUUUUCUGACUAAAGUGAAAAAUUUUUGUAAAAAUGAUUGAAACAUAUGCUCUUAUUUUUGGAAUAAAUCAAAACAAUUACAGACAAUUAAAAUUUCAUACAUACCUGUUCAUUCACGACAUGAAAACGCUAGUGUAAAAUUAAAGUGGAAUAAUGAACGAUCAAAAUUAUUUGAAGUGUUAGAUUCUAAAAUUUUGAAAAUAAGUGAUGAUAAAGAUCUGCCGGACAAUAUUUCUGGUGAUGAAAAUACUGGUCGAAUCCUGGAUGUACCAACAAAAGUGUUUUUAGAAACUGUUUGAGCGCAACG